CCUCAUGACAGGCAUCAGUUGUACAAGAGAAGGUCACUGUACCACAAUGAUCGUAAGACUGGCUGCUUUGAUUCUUCUCAGUGCAUUGCCUCAAACCAAAGGCAUUCCUCAAAAGAUCCCUUCGAUUGUGGUGAAACCUGGUGAUAACUUGACUUUAACAUGUCCAAUCUCUGGAGAUGAAGCUGGGCUGUUUUACUGGUAUAAGAAGAUGUUUGGAUAUAUGAUCGAAACUGUUGCAGUAGCAACUCUCUACAAAAUGUCACUUCAAGGACAAUUUGACAACCUAAGAUUUAACGUCACAAAAAAUGGGGGUAUGUAUUUUCUUAGCAUCAAAAAUGUUAGCCACGAAGAUGAAGGAACAUACUUCUGUCAGUCAGGAGCAGCAUACGCAAUGACAUUUACAAACGGCACAGUUUUGACUGUAAAAGAUCAUAAAAAUCAGCAGAAAUCUGUCCUCGUGGAACAAAUUCCAAAGACAGUCCCGAUUGGUUAUCAAAUGUCUCUUCAGUGUUCACUUCUCUCCAAGAACAAAGCCCAGUGUCCAGGUGAUCCCGAUGUGUACUGGUUUAGAGCUGGAUCAGGAGAAUCUCAUCCAAGCAUUCUUUACACGUACAAUCGCAGCAGUGAUGAACAAGAGCAAAGAAGCUGUGCCUACAGUCUGUCCAAACCUGUAAGAGACUCCUCUGAUACUGGGACUUACUACUGCGCUGUGGUUACAUGUGGACAGAUCCUGUUUGGUGAAGGAACUAAAGUGGAGAUAAAACAAGACCUGUGGCUGUUUGUCAUCGUGCUUGGAGCACUGCUGUCCUGCUCUGUGGUCGUGAAUCUUUAUCUUCUCUCCAGAGAGCAUAAGCCGGUUUGCAAAGAAGGAACUGCUUCUUAUCAUACUGAACAUGACAGGUCAGCCGGGGAUCAACCAAGUAAUACGAAUGAUGAAGUGGAGGCACUGAACUAUGUGGCACUGGAUUUCCCCUCAAGGAGAAGGGAGAGACGGAUGAAUAACAGGGAGUUACCACAAGACUGCGUGUACUCUUCAUGAGAGACUACCAAUGAAGUGAUAAACAUCUAGCACAAAUCAUUUUCAUGAAGCUGUGAUCUUGUUACAGGGGAAUGAAUGGAGAUGGUAUUGUUAAAAUUAUUCAUCAGGAAGAUUAGUUUACGAGAGAGACAGCAGCAAUGUUUUGUUAUGUUGCCUAGUUCAACCAUGAAUGAAUAUUAACAAUUAUUAGUUCUAUUUAUUUGUCUAUUAUUAUUGUGUCAAAUGUGAAAGAAAUAAAAAUGUAAGAAAACUGUUUAUUCCCAUCAUUGAUUCCCAAUAAAGAGAGAAUCCAUA